AUGGCACAAAGUUAUGUGUAUGGAGCAAUUAGUGAUACUGAGAUGGGUAACGGUGUUGAAAGGGAAGCACCUGACGUUCAUGAAUCUUGUGAUUCUGGUAAGGAGCACGACAGAAUCGAAUUGGUAAGCGGCUCGACGACCGCCCGACCCAAAACUGGAGGGAGGAAACUCACGAAUAUCGAAAUAUUGACGUUACUCGCCGUUUACGCAAUCCUUCUCUUUGCCGUCGGCAUCGUUUUGUUCGGCGACUGGUCGUCGGGAAAUCCGGAGUCCGAGUUCACGUUUGGUGAAGGAUACACGAUGUGUCUGAUGCUCGUAUCGCUCGUCUGGAUGUUUCGCGGGCCCCUCAAAUUGGCGUGGGUGCGCAAGCGCAGAGGCGAGACAAGCAAGCAAUCGGGUGAAAACAAAGAAACGCAAGUUCAAAGUCUAUUAGUAAAGACUCUGUCGCUGUUUGCUGCCGUUUCGCUAUUGUUCACGUUCGUUCAGAUCAUCGACGUUGCGCUGCUCGUCGGGAAAUGUCGGACGCCAGUCGCCAUCUGCAGUGAUGUCGUCAAGUUGAUAUUCAUUCCGUGCCAGGUCUGUCUCAUCGUUUACUCGAAGAACAAAAACUUGCUGCAAAAGUCGCUGUUCACCGGGUUCAUGGUCAUGCAGAUAGUCGUCACGAAUAUGAUUCUAUACAUAUGGACGUUCAUUAAGAGCAAAAAGAACUUCUUUCCGUUAGCAUUUCAAAGCCGUUGUCCCCACGUGGUCGGAUCCCUAGCCAUUGAAAUCGCUCACAAUAGGUCGACUGUUACUCCGAAUACGACAAGCUCUCAUUGCGAGCCGACGAUUUUCAACAAGCUGUUUCCCUGGUUCUAUCCGUUUUGUCUCGAGUUUUGCCUCACGGCUUCAGCCAUGUUAGCCGAACAGUUGUUUGAAAGUAUCCGGGAAUCGGCACUGAAAGAACGAGACACACACGAAACGACAAACGAGGACGAAAACAGAAAUCUGCAACUAGAAAUCCCCGUCGAAACGACUGAGGUCAGCGUCACGGCCGCUGUCGUCAUCGGAAUAUUUGCUCUCGUUGCUCACUUUGGGGUCAUCGGAAUCCUAACGCUAGAGCAUAAUUCAAACGUCGCGACAGCCCUCUGGUACGGAGGAGAAGGCAUCACUGCAAUGACAAUCACCGUCGCCUCCGUAGUCGGCCUCAUCACUCUCAGUAAAUAUCAAAAUUCGUUGGAAAAAUCCGAGGUUCCAAUAGACGAGAUUCUGAUCGUACUCGGUAGCGUCGGGGCCUUGACGCUUUCACUAUUUCGAGGAUUUCCGGGGCUUGUAGACCUCGGAGGCGACGACCGCGCCUAUGCGACCGGUGUUCUGCUCUGUCAAAUGGUGGUGACUCUCGCAACAAUUUUACAGACGAUAUUCAUCGUUAUAGCUCUUCACAGCAAGUCGGAAAAGCGCGGAUGGAUCAAUGUAGCAUCGCUCGAGGCGUUCCCGCACGUGGACGUCGGAUACGCAUGCGUGAAAACGACAUCACCAUGCGCAGAUCAUCCGGAAACGAAGUCUACGCACUUCCGGUCGAGAUUGGUUGAUGCAGCUGCUCUCGAGUUCGGCUCUCACGUUGUCGUGCGCGCCGUCAGCUCGUCUCUUUCCGUCGACACCGUCGCGAGUUCGCGUUGCAUGUGGCAACGCAAACGGUAA